AUGUGGUGGAAGGUGAUGUGGGCAGACAUCACGCUACAAAACACGCGACGAGUUUACAGUGUUUCGCUGUUGUCGUUCAGCGCGAUGAACUCUCAAAGAAGUGAUGAGACAUUGGCAUCUCGAGCGGGAACAAAUAAGCCUCAGCAAUUCGCGACGUUUGCAGUGUACAAAGCCAGGCAGGUUGUCAUUAAACGACUCGGAGUAAAGCAGCUAGUCAUCAAAAAGUCGCUAUUGGUGGAGUUAAACGAGCUGCGACAGUUACAACACGACAAUAUCAACCGAAUCGUAGGCAUAGUCACAGACGAACAGCUAAGCGACGCAGCAAUCCUCACCGACUAUUGUCAAAAGGGCAGUUUGCAGUAUGCCUGA